AUGUCCGACUCGGAGGACGCUACAAUGACCAUUCCCUGCGUAGUUGUCACAAGCAGUGACGGCACCUUUAAAGAGGAAGAAAUGAUAAAGCAAAUUCUCGGUUCGCAAACGUUGCCAGAAGCGACCAAAUGUGAACAAGCAGUAGUAUGGUACCCGUGGACCAUCAAUAACAAGUAUUACACAGCAGAUGUCCGGCUAUGUGUCGUUCCCAGCACUUUUCAAAUGUCAGCAGAGAUUGCACAGUCCAUGCAGGCUUUCAUUGCUUAUUUUGAUAGUACACAGAAGGAUGGUCUGGAAAAGCUUCGUCCGUGGAUCUCUGUGGUAGAGGACAUCGCUCCAGAGGUGCUCAUUCUAGUGUGUGACAGAGUUUGUGAUGACGGUGUAAGCAGACGUGAAGCGCAGCAGUGGUGUUUGUCGCACAGCUUUGAGCUGGUGGAGCUUAAUCCUCUGGAGUUGCCUGAUGAAGAUGAUGACUUUCCAGAAUCCACAGGGGUAAAAAGAAUUGUGCAAGCUCUCAAUGCAAAUGUAUGGACCAGUGUGGAGAUGAAGGAUGGGAAUAGUCAGAGCUUUGGAUUCAUGAGUAGUUUGGUGGCUGCACGACACAACAACCCUCGCAGCUGUCAAGAGCCACAAUCUUCUAGUCUGACAGCAGAGGGCACACUUGUUAACGAAGUGGAUUGUCAGACACGGAGAACCAGCUCACAGGAGAACGUGGCUGUUGAUGCAAUGACCAAUCUGGAUAUUCAGGAGCUUGCAAAUCUCACAGCUGGUGAUGCAGAUGUGGAUAACUUUGAACGCCUCUUCACCAAAUUAAAAGAGAUGAAAGACAAAGCUUCAUCAUUACCUCAUGAGCAAAGAAAAGUUCAUGCAGAGAAGGUUGCAAAAGCAUUUUGGAUGGCAAUUGGUGGUGAUAAUGAUGAGAUAGACGGCUUAUCAUCAGGUGAGGAAAGCUAA